GCGAAUGAGGUAGAGGAGCAGCGUGGAACAGUGGCACGGCCGUGUAUGAUUUUGGGGGACCUCAGGGAAGGAAAGGGGGGAACACACGCGCCCCUCUCCUGCUUCUGUCCCACCCAGAGUGAUAGACGAGCGGAGACGCUGGAGGAGGUGAAGAGAUCAACACUGAACAUCACUCACUGCUCGAGAGACAGAACGACAGAUACACGGGAGGUGACAGGAUAACAUGGGGGACAUGGCAACCCACAUCAGUGGACCCUGACCAGGAGAAGCACCGAGGCUCAGUGCCAUGUUAGCAUCUAGAAAUCUACAACCAGCUCACUGAAGACAUGGCCCAGGCGAAAGGGCAGCGAGAUGGAAUCCUGCAGUCCACUGAGAACGCUGCUCCAGGGUCCAGAGAGAACGUGGCUUGGAAGGGUCCUCGUACCGUGGUCCUGCAGAAGAACUCUCAGGGCUUUGGUUUUACACUACGACACUUUAUAGUGUAUCCGCCCGAGUCGGCCCUUCACACGUCCCUGAAGGAUGUGGAAAAUGGAAAUGGAAAAGGGAAUGUGAAGGGCCGCCUCGAGCCCAUGGACACUAUUUUUGUAAAGAAUGUGAGGGAAACGGGUCCUGCUCACCAGGCUGGGCUUUGUACAGGUGAUCGUCUGGUGAAAGUGAAUGGAGAGAGUAUUUUGGGGAAAACCUAUUCUCAGGUCAUAUCACUGAUUCAGAACAGUGAGACUGUGCUCGAGCUGUCCAUCAUGCCUAAAGAUGAGGACGUUCUCCAGCUGGUAAGUGCGUACUCUCAGGACGCCUACCUAAAGGGAAAUGAACCGUACACGGGAGGGGCCCAGAACCUUCCAGAACCUCCUCCAGUCUGCAACUCAGCCAACAAGCCUAGUUCCUCCAGCCCAGCUCAGACCUUCAUCCCUCCUGACAACCUGAACUGCAGGCGUGGCUCAUCGGGCCUCAUAGAAAGCUGGUCCUCCGGCGAUGGUCAGGGCGUCGCCCGCCGGCUUGCUCUUCGCCAUCACCGUUCUCGAUCCUCGACUAUAGCUAUCAGCCCGCUGGACUUUCACUUCUCCAACCACAAUGCAGCCGUCGCGUCAGCCUCCCUGCCCCACCCGCGGAAGGGCAGCCUGCCACCCUCGCACCGUGAGCUGUGCCAGCAGGCGCUGUCUAACUGGUACCACAGUCAAACACUGGAUUACCCAGCCCCGCCCAUUUCACCCCACCACCGCAGUGUCUCCCAGGAUGCACUGCUUCUUCCCUACGAACCAGCCACAAGAGUUAACCGGCCCUCCCAUACGGACUUACACUGGACACGCAGGGGGGGCACGAGUGGGGCGGGGCAGUCAAACCGUUCCUGCUCUGAAAAUCCUCUGUCUGCUUAUGCUGGGUACAAGCAGAGCUACGGGUGCUCGCUAGAGACGCUCAACCACCCGGCGGCACUGAUUUCACCCCACGAGCGCUCGGUCUGGCCUUCACAGAGCAGCCAGCCAAUCAGAACAGAGGAGCAACCGAGCUCAGCCGGUCAGCGCAUGGUCACGUCCGCUCCUGCACCCCAGUCAGGCAGGAGCUCCAGCACAGCGCAGCCCAAACGCUCACCUGCACAAACGCUAGAUGAUCAAACGGUGGGUUACCGCAGCUACAGUCCAUCGUUCUGUCGCAAAGCAGGUCACCUCAUGCAGCAGGCGCACUCCUUCAGAGAACCGUCCUACACCGGCCCCCCUCUCAGCUGGACCUCUACACCCAAAACCAGCCCCCCUGAGAGUGCACCCUCAUCAGGCAGGGAUUCGUCCCCUCUCUCCCUGCCCUCCACCACUGACACCCAGAACCCAGUCAGUGAAGACGUGGGUGGUGGAGCAGCAACAGAAGAGUCAGUUCUGGCACAGACACAGGGGGUCGUCCUCAGACAAAAACCCCCCUACAGCAAACGCACCCCCCAAGCAAUGCGUCAUCCAAACUACGCUGUGCCUGUAGAUCUACCCGAACCUCAGGUAGCUUCAGCCCCCACUGCACAGACAGGAGAACCUACAAAACGCUCCAACGGGAACCUGCAACCCCUCCCUGUGGAGCAGGACUCGCUGGCAUCCAUUCCCUUCAUAGACGAUACCAUCAGUCCCAGUAUGGACCUGCUGGCUCAGCAUGUUCCUGCCUCUUCAGUGGUGUCCAGCAGUCAGUGUCAGACUCCUACUGUCUCCAGCAGCCCUGUCACUCCCUCCUCCACCUUCCCCCCUCUCACCCAACUCCAUCACUCCGACUGCAGCUCCAAAUUUAAAAGACAUUCUUUCAAAGAUUGGCAUUUAUUGCUCAGGACCGGCAAUGUUAAGAACAGCCGUCGCUCUUCCUACCUUCUGGCCAUCACCACCGAACGCUCCAAGUCAUGUGAUGAGGGUCUGAACACGUUUCGAGAUGAAGGACGCAGGUUCUCGAGGUUACCAAAGAGAGUGAAAAGCUUUUUCACAGAGGGUUCCCUGGAGAGUCUGAGAGCAGCAGAGGAAGCUCGAUCCAAACGCCACUCCACCUCUGAGCUGGGCAGCAUCACACUAACAGACAUCAGGAAGGAGGGCUGGCUGCACUACAAACAGAUCCUAACAGAGAAGGGCAAGAAAGUGGGUGGUGGCAUGCGCCCGUGGAAGCGGGUAUUUUCUGUGCUGCGCACCCACUCGCUGUUCCUGUAUAAAGAUAAGCGGGAGGCGGUGCUCCAUGGAGCCGGGGCGUUGGGGCACGGUGCCGGUCAGGGCGAGGACGAGCAGCCCAUCAGCAUCCGCGGCUGCCUGAUCGACAUCGCCUACAGCGAAACGAAGCGUAAACACACGCUGCGGCUCACCACGCAGGACUUCUGCGAGUACCUGCUGCAGGCCGAGGACCGGGACGACAUGCUGAGCUGGAUCCGGGUCAUUCGAGAGAACAGCAAGACCGACAGUGAGGAGCUGGGUUUCUCCGGACAGGCUCUCAUCAAUAAAAAACUCAACGACUACAGGAAACAAAGUCUCACAGGUACUAAACCUGACACGUCUCCCCGAGUCCACAGAAUGAUGCAGCCGUUCCUGCUGUCAAAGAUGGAGAACACAUCAGGAGUAAACCGCUUCCUCAAAACAGACAGCAAGGAGGACGGCAGCUCUCCUAAAGCUACAUGGAGCAUCAACAUCAUGAAGAAAGGAAAGAAAACUGGACCUAAAGCGUUUGGGGUUCGACUGGAGGACUGCCCCCCGGGAGCCGAUAACAAGUUUGUUCCUCUGAUCGUGGAGACGUGCUGUACCCUGGUAGAAGAGAUGGGUCUGGAAUAUACUGGAAUCUACAGGGUGCCAGGAAACAAUGCCAUGGUGUCCAGCCUUCAGGAGCAGCUCAACAAGGGCCUGGACAUCAACACUGCUGAGGAGAGAUGGCAGGACCUGAACGUCAUCAGCAGCCUCCUCAAGUCUUUCUUCAGGAAGCUUCCAGAACCUCUGUUCACUGAUGAUAAAUACAAUGAGUUCAUCUACGCUAAUCGAUUAGAGGACGCUGGAGACCGAUUAAAGACCAUGAGGAAACUGAUUCGUGAUUUACCUGAUCGUUACUACCACACACUUCAAUUUCUAGUUGCUCAUCUUAAGAGAGUCGCGGAUCACUCAGAGAAGAAUAAGAUGGAGCCCAGGAACCUGGCCCUCGUGUUUGGCCCCACGCUGGUGCGCACGUCAGAGGACAACAUGACAGACAUGGUCACUCACAUGCCUGACCGCUACAAGAUUGUGGAGACGCUCAUUCUGCAUUAUGCCUGGUUCUUCAGUGAUGAGCUUAAUAAAGAUGAAAAGGCCCCUGAGGACCAAAGAGAUGAGCAACCUAUCCCAAAUAUUGACCACCUGCUCUCCAACAUUGGUCGAACAGCUCGGCUGGGUGACACUUCAGAUUCCACUAACAGCGAUUCAGUUAAACACAAGGGAUCUUUGAGUUCAAAGAAAGAUGCGAGUACCAAAGAUUUCCUCCCACUGUCCAUCAUAUCUGCUGUGACCCGGAAGAGGAAGAAGCAGCGGAGCGCCGGCCCUACAGACAGCAGCAGCGAUGAGGACUCUGAGCACGAGCCAGUCAAAGCCAGCAACUACGGGGAGAUGCACGAGAGUGCAGGAGAGACGAGCGAGGGUGUGGAUGAGAGAGAGUCAGAGAGAUCAGAGAGUCAGCAGAAAGAGGCAGACGAGAAGUUUGGAGAGGGGAAUAAAACAUUAGAGUCAUGUGAGGAAGGAGGACAGGAGGAGGUAGGAGGGAGGGAGGAGGACGGGACCCCGGCGUCCCUCAGGGCAGAGUCAGAUCACGAGAAGCCACAGCGGCCUCGUAGCUUCCUUUAUUCCCACCAAAGUUCAUCAGGGCUGAGAGUCACAGUCGAGUCAGAGAGCUCCCCCUCUCCCCCCUGCUCAGGUGGCACCCAGAGACUCGGCCAGACCAACCCCGCAGGUCGUAAGAAACUGCGCGGGGACAGGGCGCGGCCUCGCUCCCUGUACGAGGAGCCGGGACUGGAGCGAGCGGUGGGACUGGCUCGAGUCAAAGCUUCGCUUAUACGAGGUCAGGAGAGGCUGCGCCAGGCCAUGUCCCCCAGCCGAGAGCCCCCGGUCCAGCAUAGCUGGUUAAGCCAGGUCCAGGCCAACCUGCUCUCUUCUGCCAACGACCUCUGGAGGUCAGGGGCCCCACGGAGGCACGCCUCCCCCGAGACGCGGCGCAGGAGGAGGGACUGGAGACGCCAUACAGUAGUGGGGAACAGCGGGGAGGGCUAAAGCACCCCGAAACCUAAUAUAUUAACACUUCAGUGAGCUGGAGGUAACAAACUGUACUGAAAAGAUGAGAAGUAACGUUACCCAAACGUCAAGUCUGCAGGCGCCAAAUCUGGGAUGGUUUGGAUGUAGAUUGUUUUGUUUCAGAUAAAGUAAUGCUCCAGCAUUUAAACACUAAAAUCAGAAGGUGCGAGUGUGCCAGCGUGCCAGGCUGAACUGGCACUGAAUCGUUCUUUUUUCAGCUCUAGAUUGUUCAGUUCUGGAUGAAAAGCUGAGAAACCCUGAUGACUGACGCUCCACCCUAGACUUGUUGGUUGGUUGACGGGCGUGUUCGAUCAGCUCUCACACUUGUGCGCAUUAUGUUAGCAGUUUAUCUUUAAAGUUUGACAGAAUUUAAACAUCGAUCAGAAGUGAGUUUGUGUUCUGAUUUCCUCUCAGUACUGAAUAACAGGAUGAAUUAAAUGUCGGGUGUUUUUUUCUGUACCAGUGAGGGUGGAGAUCCGGUUCAGUGCUGGAGCAUUUCUUUAUUUGAAUAACUGUAGCAUGCCUAAACGUUUCAUCUUGAAUUUCUGCAAUAAAGGCUUAAGGCACUUCAUUUGCCAGCGAGGGGGGGGCACGUUACGCCAAGAUCAACUGCCAGCAUGAUCCUCACUGCCUAUCAGCAAAAACUAACGCUGCACUUUAUUAGCAUUAAUAACCUCUAGCACAACAUGGCUCCCAACCUCAGAUAUUAAAGGGGGUCAUUAUAUUUAGAAUAAUCAGUUAUAUUUAGACACCACAUCUAUGCAUUAAAGGGUUAAACAGGAUUCAGUCCGACUGGUUCUGCAACACCAAUCCACCUAACGCACGCAGUCUUCCGUAUAUAUGAGUGUAUAUGUCAGUAUUAGAGAACGAGCUGCACUGAAACAUCAGAACCUACCGGAGUACCAACUCUAUCUCAACACCCCACCCACCGCCCACCGCCCUUUCGCCUGAAACCACCAGUUUUCCUCGUGCUGGUGUUGAUAAGCCACAGCGGAUGGUUGUUUUGUGCCGUUUUGACCACUUCUAACUGCCGACCUCAUGCCGUGUCAGUGCUGUUUCUGUAGGUCAGUUGUUCUGUACAUGUGUGUUUAUACAGCGUGUGAUCGUGUGGACCAAAUUUUGUAACAAAUGUAAAAAGUCUUGUUAAGUUAACCUGUGUACAAAUUAUACAUAUACUGUACAAUAAUGUCUUUAUUUUCCUCUUUUAUCGUCUGGUCUGUUUUAUAUAUAUAUAUAUAUAUAUAUAAAUAUUUAAUGUGUAUGUAUGGAUUUUAAAGAAGGAACAUCAGGGAUCCAACAUUAAAGAAAAAUAUACAGAAAAUAGACAUUUUAUCACCAUUCGUUCUAAACGAACGUCCUGGACUGGAGUCGAACCCCUUUAGCUUGUUUGGGGUCAUGUUGGGUUCAGAAUCUGUCCCAGGAACACUGGGCAUCAGGUAAGAACCAUGGACCGGGCAUCACACACCUAGGGGAAGGUAAACGGGUACUGGUGCACUGAAUGGAAUUUGAAAAACUAAAUAAUGUAAUGUAUACUUUAUUAAAAUGCAGUUUUUUUUUUCACA